AAUGUAUUAGAAUAAAACUUAUUCUAAAACGGGAUAUGGAGAAUGGAGAAACGGAGACAUAUAUGGAAUUAGACAAAUGCGGCUUAUAAAUCGUAUAAUCACGCGCCGACAGUCUGGGAAAUAAAUUCAGAAAAAAGAGAAAUGGCCAGUGAGGUUGCUGAUCAGACCCUCUCAGCUCCGACAUUCUUCGUGGCCGUACACGUCGGCGCUGGAUAUCACGCGCCGUCGAACGAGAAAGCUCUCCGUUCCGUCAUGAGACGAGCGUGCCUCGCCGCUUCUUCUGUUCUCCGAAAGGGUGCAGGUGGAUGCAUAGACGCUGUUACGGCAGCAAUUCUAGUAUUGGAGGAUGAUCCAAACACAAAUGCCGGGCGGGGUUCAAAUUUGACAGAGAAUGGUCAGGUGGAGUGUGAUGCUAGUAUCAUAGAUGGUGAUUCUGGAGCAUUUGGUGCUGUAGGUGCAGUGGCAGGUGUCAGAAAUGCCAUUGAGAUUGCUGCUUUGUUGGCCAAGGAGCAGAUCUCUGGUUCUUCACUGCUAGGACGAAUAUUUCCAAUGUUUUUAGUUGGUGAAGGCGCCCGUGUAUGGGCUAAGUCCAAAGGUGUUGUUUUACCAUCAACUGUAGCAGAGGCUGAUGAGUGGCUUGUGACUGGGAAGGCAAGUACCCAAUGGAAAAGAUACAAAGCAAUGCUUCAUCAUGCCAAAGUUGGUAAUGAUGCUCUUGACUUAAUGAUGACACAUCUUAAGGAGACUAAUGCAAUAUCUGAGGGCCAACCAUGUGAUCAGUUGUGGGGAAAUGGAGUUGGUGAUGCGUUAGAUGAAGACUUGAUUUCGGACACAGUUGGGGUUAUCUGUCUCGAUUCAGAAGGACAUAUAGCUUGUGGAGCCUCUAGUGGUGGUAUAGCAUUGAAGGUAAGUGGGCGUGUGGGUCUAGCAGCAAUGUAUGGUUCCGGUUGUUGGGCAUCGUCAAUAGGGCCUUUUGGAGCUCCAUUUAUUGUGGGAUGCUGUGUCAGUGGUGCUGGAGAGCAUCUAAUGAAAGGAUUUGCUGCUCGGGAAUGUUGUAUUUCAUCAUCACUGUCACAAGCUGGUCCAUCUUCUGCCUGUAAAAAGGUUUUGCGAACUGUUCAAGUAAACAGCCAAUGUGGUGCUGAAAGUAGUGCUGGAUUCCUUCUCGUUCAAGCAGAGCCUUCAAGAUUAGUUGCAGGUACUUUGUCUAAGCUGGAAACUGUUGAGAUUGCAGCUGUUUACUCUUCCUCAUCUUUUGGAAUAGGUUAUUUUGGCAGCUCUAUGGAUAGGCCCAAGGUUUCAGUACUUAGGAGUAAAAAGCAGCAAAGUAAAACUGGAAUCAAUGAGUUUGCAGCACGAGUUAAUCUUGUGACCAAGAAAUGAUAGUGUUGCAGCAGGAGUGGCAAUUGGAGAAACUACUUCCCAUUUCAACGGUGUCAUCAUUUAAACUAGUUAUCUAAUCAGCCGAAUGCUGAAGAUGGAACAGAACGCUCUAUUCAAGUCUCAAGAUAUGCUGAGACAACUAAACUGGUAGUUGAGGAUUGUUAUAGACGUAGUUGAACCUAAAGGAAUCAGGGAUUCGAAUGAAACUAGUGUAAGAGAUUGCUGCAGACAUGAUGUGGUAGAACUGAUUUUUGAAUUAUCAGAGAAAAUAUACUGCUAUUUCGUAGGAAUGUAUGAAUUAUUGUUUUUCAUUUGGAGCUUAUAUAUAUAACUAGUUUUCGGAUAC